AUGCUAGAAAGAAUACACGAGAGUCACAUGGGUAUAGAGAAAUCCAAACGACGAGCAAGGGACAUUAUGUUUUGGCCAAGAAUGAAUGAGCAAAUUGAAGCUGUUGUAUCCAAAUGCAAAACCUGCCAAGAAUACCAGAUGUCGAAUCCCAAAGAACCUAUGGUGCAAAGAACAAUACCAUCGAGACCCUGGGAAAUGGUCGCAACUGAUUUGUUUCAGUGGGAACAGAACAACUAUCUGGUCGUGGCAGAUUAUUUUUCGCGUUAUAUUGAAGUAGUCAAGUUGGAAAACACCACCAGCAGAACUGUUGUGAAUCAUAUGAAGUCCAUAUUUGCAAGACAUGGAAUUCCAUCAGUCGUAAGAAGUGACAAUGGUCCUCAGUACACUGCCAUGGAGUACAAGCAGUUCGCACAAAAGUGGAAUUUCGAGCACCAGACUUCAAGUCCAUAUUAUCCGAAAUCAAACGGUUUGGCUGAGAAAGCAGUUGAAAUCGUGAAACGUUUGCUAUCGAAAGCAAAACAAGAUGGAAAAGAUCCGUACCUAAGUUUGUUGGAGUAUCUCAACACACCCAUUGGUAACGUGGCUUCACCAGCACAAAUCUUGAUGAGCCGACGUUUGCGUUCGCACUUACCAACUACCCCAAAUCAACUUCAGCCAAAAGUUGUUGAUCCUGAGAGAAUGAAAGAAAAGUUCGAAGAAAAACAAAGAAAGCAAAAACGAUAUUAUGACAGAGGGUCCACGGAGCUUCCCGCAGUGCAAGAAGGAGAAGCAGUACGAGUACAAGUUCAGAAGAAGUGGAAACCAGCAGUGAUCAAAGAGAGACUGGAAACACCUAGAUCGUACAUCAUUCAAACACCCAAUGGUCAACGAUUUAGAAGAAACAGAAAUCAUAUCAGAAAGCAGAAGUAUGGUGUUCAGAUAUCAAGACAGUGGGAACCAAUUGAAGAUUUCCAGUCUGAUGGUGCCAGAGAAGUUCGUGAGGAACAAGUCGCAGAGCCAAGUACUGGACAAUAUUAUAAAACUAGAAGCGGGCGAUUGAGUAAGCCACCUGAGAGAUAUCAAGUAUGUUAAUUUUGUUAAUUAAGGUUAUCAUGAACAUAUUAUUUACCAGACAUUUAGAUUUAGAUUUAGAUUGACUAUUAAGUUAAAUAUAUAAUGGUUAUAUAUAAUGAACAUUAGUCGUGAACUAGUAUUAUUAAGCAAUUAUUGGAUGAGGCUGAGCAUGAUAUCAAAAAUUAUUCAGACCGAGGUCAAUGUUAUCUGCCGAAGCGAAGCUGAGGCGGAUAACAUAGACCGAGGUCUGAAUAAUUCUUGAUAUCAUGCGAAAGCCGAAUCCAAUAAUUGUUUUAUUAUACAUUUAAAGACAUGAGAAACGUAUAAAACGAUUCCUGUUCAUGAGGUAGGAAAAGUACAAUUUGAAUAUCAAACACCUUGCACAAAAUCAAAGGUCAGCUAAAUAUUCUAUUUCUACUUCUAUUUACCCCUUUGUGGCUUUUUUCGUGCUUUCACUAUCCUUAUCUGCCAAUAAUUUGGAGAGUUCACUUUCAUUCAGCGAAGCAAAUCUGCUGUAGGCCAUUGUUUGUUUGUUUUUUUCGCGCGCUUAUAGGUUCAAGCUUUUGGCCGCGCAAGGGUUUGGGCACGAGAGAGUCCAAUAAUUAUUUUUUUUGGAUGCAAGUUCGAUCCAAAAAAACAAUUAUUGGACGCUGAUGACGUCAUCGGCGGAAAAUACGUAAUAAAUGCCGAAUACUGAAAAUUAGCCGGUGCUUUCUGACCAAUUAGAAACGAGAAUACAUAUUAAAUGUAUAAUAAUAAGUAUUAUCAUCGAACAGUAAUAGACACUUAGUUUAAUUAGAGACCUUAUACAUUUUUAAAUAACUUUAAAAUUUAAAAAAAAAGAGAAUUGUAAUAUAUUCAGUAUAUAUGCAUGCUAAUUAGAUUCAUGUAUAUAAGGGUUGUUUUGUAACAUAACAAGACGCCUACUCAGGCGUUCACACUGACCUGAAAAUGAUGACAUGCGUGCUAUGGUGCAAUCUCGUUCCCUGAGCCUGCGGUCCUUGGGAAGAAAACGAAGGCUCUGGGAUGAUCCGUUUCAGGGAGGAAUCUGAUUGGCCGCUGAUAUGGAAUGUGCAGUUCAAUCUUAGCCUGAAUUCCUGGCUUUCGGCAACGGAUUAUCCCAGAGCCUUCGUUUCCUUCCCGAGGAUCGCAGGCUCGGGGAACGAGAUUGGCUAUGGUGUAAUAGACAAGGGAAUGAGGAGCAAGAGAGUUCGUAUAGAACAGUUUCAGCGGUAGAUUUAUCCAAAGAAAAUCAAUAUAAACUCGACAACAAAAAGCAGAAGGCAGAAACUGUUUGAAACUUAAAGUUGCGCUUUUGCACAAGUAACAAACCUUCAUAGGAAAAAAAUAAAAAUAUAAAAUGAGACAUAGGUAACAUCUCUUGUGCUUUAAUCACAUUUAGUUUAAUAUCAGAUAUUAGUAAUAAUAUCUAAGAUAGUAUCUCAGAUUCACACCGAAAAUCACGUGACCAUAUUCAACUUUAUCAAAUCAUGAUCGUGGAUCAUUUCUGAGUAGUGAAGCAGUCAGAUACAAUAUAUCAUUGUCUUCUUCGCCUCUCAGUUGCCUUGAACGAUACGUUUUUGAAGAAUGGAGAUUUUGCGCUACGCAGUAUUCCGUGAUCAUGUUCCAAUAUUGAUAUAAGAAUUAAUGAGCACCUGAUAACAAAUGAGCACAUAAUAACUAUGAGUUGAGUUGUAUUAGGAAAAUGAGAAUUGACCAUACAAUAAAUGUCUUAGUUCUUGUUGGUAUUUCACUGAACGCACGCUUUAUCUUUACUUGCGCCAAUUCUAGUAGCUACUGCGCGAAUUUUAAUACAUGUAUUAUAUGGCGCGUUUUUACUGUAAAAAUUCAAUUGGUCCGCCGGAAUUCUAGUAGCACUAGCUAUACGUACUGCGCGAAUUUUAAUACAUGUAUAGUGCUGACAUUGUAUAGUCAAACGCCAAACCUUUAACUUUUCCUUGUUUAUAUUAUAUUGUGAACUAAAUGUUAUUGUAUUAGGAAAAUGAGAACCAUACAAUAAAUGUCUUAGUUCUUGUUGGUAUUUCACUGAACGCACCGCUUUAUCUUUACUUGCGCCAAUUCUAGUAGCUACUGCGCGGAUUUUAAUACAUGAUAUAUGGCGCGUUUUUACUGUCAAAAUUCAAUAGGUCUAAUAGUUAUAAGUCGAACACCAAAUCACCAAUGAUACAAAUCGGGCAACACUUACUCGAAUCGAGCAGACUGAUAUGUAAAUCGAUUAUUGAAAUCGAUCAAUACACAUUCAAAACGAGCAAACAGUAUUGCCAAAUCGAACGACUAUUCCUUGUUUAUAUUAUAUUGUGAACUAAAUGUUAUUGUAUUAGGCAAAUGAGAACCAUGCAAUAAAUGUCUCGGUAUUUUGAAUGCAAGCUUUAUCUUUACUACUUGCUCGAACUCUAGUAGCUACUGCGCGAAUUUUAAUACAUGUAUUAAGGUAUAUAAUAUUGUCGACAUUUUGUAGGUGAAAAGAAUUGGCUAGUUUACAUUGUUCAUUAUAUUAUGAAAUAUGAUACUAGUUAAAAUUCGCGUCGAGCUAAAUGUUAUUGUAUUAUGCAAAUGAGAACCAUACAAUAAAUGUCUUAGUUCUUGUAGGUAUUUUGAAGGCACGCUGUAUCUUUAGUAUAGCUACUACAAAGCGUUUGGCGCACCAACUAGUAGCUACUGCGCGAAUUUUAAUACAUGCAUUAAGGUAUAUUGUCGACAUUGUGUAGUGAAACUGUCAAAUCUUUAACUUUUCCUUGUUUAUAUUGUGUUUAUAUUAUAUUGUGAACUAAAUGUUAUUCUAUUAGGCAAAUGAGAACCAUACAAUAAAUGUCUUAGUUCUUUUUGGUAUUUUGAACGCUCGCUUUAUCUUUACUUGCGAGAAUUCUAGUAGCUAUUGCGCGAAUUUCAAUACAUGUAUCUUAAUAUGGUCAAACAGGUGUCAGGUAUCAGGUGAAGCAAUGUCUUUAAAACGCUCCGCAAAAAGUCUUAAUAAUUCCGUAAAUAGUACACCAAUUAAACCAAGUAAAAAAGAACCGAAAAUGCAAGAAUCCAAUAAAGUCAGUCUUGAGGAAAUAUGGACUGUUAUCUCGUCCAUGAAUGAAAAAUUAACAAAACUCGACAAGCUUGAUAUACGGGAACAGAAAUAUGGAAUGGAAUAG